UUAUUAGUGACUCCUCCGGCGAGCUCAGUUGGCGGACAAGCCCUCGCUCUGUGAUCAAUUGCGGCGGUCAGCAGUCUCUCAGUUUCAGCAGUCCGAUGGCGGCCGGAGACGGCGGUGAGAGCUCCAGAAGGUUCUUCGUGGCCGUCCACGUCGGAGCCGGAUACCACGCUCCCUCCAACGAAAAAGCCCUCCGCUCCGCCAUGAAACGCGCCUGUCUCGCCGCCGCUUCAGUCCUCAAGGAUUCCGGUGGAUGUCUGGACGCUGUUGCAGCGGCCAUUACUGUACUGGAGGAUGAUCCCACCACGAAUGCCGGGCGGGGCUCCAAUUUGACGGAAGAUGGUCAUGUUGAAUGUGAUGCCAGCAUAAUGGAUGGUGAUUCCGGAGCAUUUGGAGCCGUCGGAGCUGUCCCGGGUGUUCGAAAUGCUAUCCAGAUCGCUUCUUUAUUGGCGAAGGAGCAGACGACGGGAUCUUCUUUGUUGGGUUUAAUAUCUCCCAUUUUCUUGGCUGGUGAAGGGGCACGAAAAUGGGCACACUCAAAGGGUAUUACUAUGCCUGCAACUGUAGCUGAAGCUGAUGAGUGGUUGGUGACAGAAAGGGCAAAAAGGCAAUGGGAAAUGUACAAAAAAAUGGUUACCAAUGCUAAAGCCGAGGUAGAAGGUGAUCCCAAGAAAUUUAUGUUGCCAGAGGAUUCUGUGGUACCAGCCUCAGAGGAAGAUAACAUCAUGGAUACAGUUGGAGUCAUUUGUAUUGACUCGGAAGGGCAUAUAGCAUCUGGGUCAUCAAGCGGCGGUAUAGCAUUGAAGAUAAGUGGUCGUGUGGGAUUAGCUGCAAUGUAUGGAUCAGGUUGUUGGGCAUCAUCAAAAGGCCCUUUUGGAGCUCCAUUUAUAGUUGGGAGCUGUGUUUCUGGUGCGGGAGAAUACCUCAUGAAAGGAUUCGCUGCCCGGGAAUGUUGUGUCUCAUUAUCAAUUUCCCAGGCGGGCCCUGCUUCUGCCUGCAUGAAAGUGUUACGUUCAGUAAUUCAAGAAAGCAGUCAACAAGGUACCGAUGGAAGUGCUGGAAUUUUAGUAGUGCAAGCUGAUGCUCCAAUACCAGUCGGGGGAACUAAACCGAGCCUGAAGGCUGUAGAGAUUGCUGCUGCUUAUUCUUCUUUAUCGUUUGGUAUAGGAUACUUUGGGAGCUUCAUGGAACGGCCCAAGGUUUCAAUUCUUAGAAAUACGAAACAGCAGAAGGCAACCGGGAUAGACCAUUUUGAAGCUCGGAUAAAUCUGUCUGCAGACAAAUGAUGGUUUCUUAUUACUCUUAUUGCUCCAGAACAGCUAAAUCUUUAACAGGUGACUGUCCCAUUUAUGGUUAAAAGAUACUGAUCGUCAUAAUUCUGUUAUGCGUCGUCCUGUUAUCAUCU